AUGGGUAAUUCAGACAAGGAAUGCUUCGCCAAGUCCGGCCCCAAGCAUCUUUUUGAGGUUGACUGGGGCAAGGAGGAGCACCGCCGCUGCGCCAUCGCCUGCCUUGUGAAGGGCACCUCCAUCCUGGAGAGUGACCGGGCCGAGGGGAGGCAGGGGACGCCCGACGCGCGCGCGCCGCCGUGGUGGAGCAGCUUCCGCCUGCGCCUGCGCAAAACGCUCCUGUGUGACUGUUCCUGCAGGUGCGUGCUCCGCCAGCGCCUCGGGGCCAACCAGCCCUUCAUCUACGGCGCCAUCUUCGAGCACGUGCCGCCGGAGAGCCCUUCAUCUACGGCGCCAUCUCCGGCCGCUUCCCCGCCUCUACCACGGUUCAUCGUCGCCUUCCGGGGCACCAAGCGGUCGUUGCCCGCGGCGAUCCACGACUUCAGAGACGACCUCAGCGUCAUCCUCAGCAAGCAGGACACGUGCGAGCGCUUCCGCAGGGCGCGCGAGGAGGUCGCGGAGCUCCUGGAGAGCAACGGCGGGAGCGGCGGCGGCGGCGUCUGGCUCGCCGGGCACUCGCUCGGCGCGUCGGUGGCGCUCCACGUGGGGCGUCACAUGAUGGUCCACGGGGAGCUCAACCUCCCGACCUUCCUCUUCAACCCGCCGCGCGUGUCCCUGGCGGCCGCGUGGCUGCCGGAGUACUGGUGCCUCGUGAAAUCCAUGGCGAAGGGGGCGGCCGCGCGCACGCUCAUGAGGCCCCACGACAAGAGGAUGGAGGCCCUGUUCCGGAGGCUGGGGGCAUGGGUGCCGGAGCUGUUCGUGCACAAGGACGACGUCAUCUGCCGGGGCUACAUCGACUACUUCGAGGGGCGGGAGAAGAUGAAGGCGAAGUGCCCCGUAAUCCUACAGCCGCUAGCCCAGUCAGGGAUGAAACACUCGUUCUGGGACAUGGUCCGCAACACCGGGGGCCAGAGCGCUGACGACGACAACGAGGAGCAGAGGGUACAGCAGCACCUUCUGCCGUCGGCGAGGCUGUGGAAGAACUCAACGGAGAUCGGCGGCCUUUGUCACGCGCACAAGCUCAAGCACUGGUGGAAGCCGGACGAAGAGCUGGACUUGAGCCACAAACGAUACAAAUAUGAAGCAUAA